AUGUCCUUUUGGAACACGAGAAGCGACUUCCGGCUAAACCACAGCACCGCUCGACCUCUGCUGACACAUGAAAAGGCCUUCUACCUAGACACGAUUCAUCCGGUAACACAAGAUUACAUUACGCCGACCAGGCUCUUCCCAGUUGUUAGGCAUAAAGCCCGGACGACUGCCGAAAUGCGCCAAGAGAUACUAGACGCUUGGGAGGAGGUGCGAGUGAAGAGCGCUGAAAAAGAACGAGAGCAGCGUUUGCUCGUUAUGAAGGAAGAGGCCAAGACCCGCAAGGAUACUGCGCAGCGCAGGCGCGAGGAGGCCGAGCGGCAGAGACAAAUUGCGCAACGCAAUGCAAAGCAAAUCAGGUGCGGACGCGUCUUCUCUGAGAUCUCAAGGGAUCUUCGGGACUAUACAUUGGAGCAAAUCUCUGCAGACCCAGAGCUCCAGGAUCGCCUCCUUUCUAUUCUACCAGGAUUGCUUGCCCAGAAUGCGCAGCGUAUCGCGUCCCUCAAAGAAAUGCUUGGCGAUAAGUAA